CUCCAAGGAGGAUGAUCACUCUUACUCCGAACAACAAGAGCAACCCAAAUGCGGGGGGGGAUUAUCUGGCAACUUCGUACUCGUGCCCUAUCAUAAUCAGGCAUAAAUCCAUACUUGGAUUAGUAGCGCAGGAAGAUAUCCCGCUUGUGGAAGCUAGAAGAAUAGUAGCUACCAAUAAUCCUACCCCUUUACCCUCCUAUAAUAUCAUUCAAGACUUCAGGAAUUUUCCCUACUUAAAAACUAAAUCUUCUUCUUCUUCUUUUUUCCCUUCGACAGCUUCUCCUUCCGAUAUAAAUAAUUCCAAUUUUUCCUCUUUACCCACCUCUAAUCGCUUUCAACAUUUAAAUGAUCUCGGGGAUCCCUCUUCUCAUUUUCCACACGGGAGUUACGCCAGCGUCACAACAACGUCAUUGCAGACGACUUCUGGUCAAGGACAAGGUCAUCCGGGUCCUUCUAAAGGAAAACCAACUAUACGAGAAAUAGAAUCUGUUGCAGGAAGAUAUAAAAUUGCCUCGACCCCCUACUCUACCGGCGUUCGAACAUCACGCCCGAUUAAUAGGUCGGGAUAUUCCGAAGAACAUAAAAAAUUAUUGUCGACACCUAAUGGACAUAGCAAGAUAUACCCUGACGAGGUGCAUACGGGCGGAGGUCCCAAGGGAAGUCAUAGCUCUGCCUUAACUAACGAAGACUCAUCAACAACGAAGGAGAAUGAGAGUAUAGAUCAUCUAAGAGAUCAAACUAGACUACUUCUGCCAGAGAACCAACGCCAUCCCCGUACAGUUAUCGCGCCCAGCGAUAAGAAGGGCCAUUUUAAACCGCAGAGCUGCUGCGAAGACUUACCAGCGAUGUCCUUCCUUGGAAAACUUUCUAGCGUUCAAGAAAUCCAGAGCAGCUUGUUCCAGGACCUUGUAUAAAGUUAAGAAGAGACAGUGGAGGAAAUUCGUAGAAUCCAUUGACAAUGAGACUCCUACAGGUGAAAUAUGGCGUCUUAUUAAGGCCUUUAAAAGGCGUAACUUAGCGGAAUCUUCUAACACAAUUUUAGACGACUCAAACCAUUGUGCUCAGCUGGAAAAGGCGAAAGAAAAAAUUUGUCCUCCUUUCUGUCCGCCGAACAUUACCAUAGGAUUAGACUCGAUGAUUGCGGAAGACAAGCAUCGCUCGGGGAGACUCUUUACUCACCUGGACGCGCCGUUCUCCACCAAGG